AUAGAAGAGAUCACCUAGAAAUCUACAAUAUUUGCUUUUAUUUGCUUUUAUUUUCCUUAUUUGCCUCUAUUUGCCUUUAUUUAUUACUUAUACCCAUAUCACAUCUUACAUCUUCCACCUCGCACGCCAAAAUUAUCCUUCCUUUAUCCCACCUUCCUUCCCUCUUAUCCGCCUCUUAUCCACCUAUCCACCGUCUAUCCGACGCACCUGUGACCUUGCUACUCCACCUUUGACGUACUCAAAGUAGCAAGUAUCCCACGUCGAUCUGCGCCUCUUGUUCCUCUCCUCUCGGCAUUUUGCAUGAACCGUCCGUCACAAAUACCUCAUCGAGUCACAGCCGCUGUGCCCCAGUACCUCUUUGACUACAAGAACUGCAACAAACUCCCAAGAAAAGCACUCGCCACGACCUACUUCCCGCCCAGUCCCGACCUCGAGAAGAACCCCGCCAUUCCCACCGGCAAAGCUGGGAAAGAACCAACUUCCACUGCGAAACGCACACUCUUCGCCAUGAUAAAUAAUAUAUUAUAAACCCCCCCCCAAAAAAAAUCGAGCAAGAGUACCUACCACCAGAGUAUCGAUGCUCACAGCAUGCCCUACUUCCAGGACCCGGACGGCCAUGCUGCGUCCACACCGCCCAACCGACCGACAUUUACCUUCCCCGGACCCAGAUACCGAGAAUUGAGGAGGGAGCCCUCGGAGGAGAGUAUCCGGACAGACCUCUGCGAGGGCCUGGUACCAGAUUCCCCAGACGAUGCUGCACCAACUGCCGAGGAUGAGGCAGGGACGAGCUCCCACGAUGCCUCGAGCUGUGUCUCGGACAGGCAGGAGCUGAUGGAGAGGUUGAAGAGAGGCGAGAGUCCUAUCUGGUCCCCGAAGAGACUGGAAACGCCUGGUGCGAGACGUACGACACCGCUCUUGCCGCCGGCAGAGAUCAAGUCGUCUCCAAUCUCACCUAGACUGGACGAGACUGAGAACCUGCAGGCCGGGUUGUCGAUCGAGAGGCCAUUGUCUGCACUACACUCGGGAAACUUUAGGGAGGAGAGAGCAGAGCCCAAACGGGACUUGAAUUCGGAGCUAGACAUCGAUCGCAUUCGUGCUGCAAGUCCCCCGCGACCAUGGCUUUGCACUUCGCCACCGAGAGACUUUAUACCCUUCCGACAUGACCGGUUCCACUCUUCCUCUCGCGCCGACGUCGACUUCGUAUCCAGGUCAAGGGCCGUCUCACUUUCAUCAUCCUACUCAUCGAGCUUCGCAUACAUACCCCCAACGAGCCCUCUAGUGCAUUCCCAGACCAACGACGAGGUGGAAUUCUCCCCUCUGGGGGACUCCAUGGAUAUCGAGGCGGAUUUUAUAAGAAAUCGCCGGCGCCAUACGUUCCAGCCCUAUUCCUCCACGCCGGUAACACCAUCCAGUGCAGUCUCCGAUUACCAACUACCCUUCCAACGCAGAGAUGCGAGCUACGCCUACCAAGCCCACCAACCGAGGAGGUCACUGGCCUUGAAUACGGGCAUGUCACAACCGACGUCUUCCCCCCAGACGCCAGCGUUCCGCCACUCUCGACGACCAUCACUUGCCUCGGAUUCCCCACUCCACCACGCAUCAAUGGUCGGAUCAUACGAGGAGAGCAUUCUCAGAGGCAGAAUGUCCACCACCCCCUCUAAACCGCUGGAUUUCGUAGCACAGAUCGGGGUACUGGGAUUAGGCAAGUGCAAGCCGAGUUUGAAAUGCCCGCCUCAUGUGGCUCUACCGUUUCCAGCAGUGUUUUAUAGCUAUGCGACCACAGCCCAUGUCAGACAUACAGCAUCUGAAGACGGACCAAGUCCCUACGUGGGCCAGAUCGACCUCGAAAACGGUCUCCCAGCCGCACCACCCUCAGAAAACCACAGCACCAAGCGAACCCGCCACUCCAAACUCCGACCCCGAGUUUCCGACGGCCCAGAGCCCCCCUCACCCCAAGACCAAACCCCGGAGCUAGAGAAGAGGCGUCUCCAAAAACAAAAACGCCGCUCCACCUCCCCCCGGGCCCCACCAGGUGGAUGCUACCGCAUUCCCGAAAAGGGACAACUCCAGAUCAUAAUCAAGAACCCCAACAAGACAGCCGUGAAGCUAUUUCUCGUCCCCUACGACCUCGAGGGGAUGGAACCGGGGACUAAGACUUUUAUAAGGCAGAGAAGUUACUCUGCGGGGCCGAUUAUGGAUAUCCCCCCUACUACCACGUCCGCCUCGUCGACGACGCAGCAGCAGCCGGAGCAGAAUGAUCGCGCAACCCUCCGCUACCUAAUCCACCUCCACAUCUGCAGUCCCGCGCGCGGACGGUUUUACCUGUAUAAAUCCAUCCGCGUCGUCUUCGCCAACCGCGUCCCGGACGGUAAAGAGAAGUUACGGAAUGAGUUGCAGUUCCCUGAACCGCGAUUCACGAGCUAUAAACCCGUUCGCGACACCAAUCCCAACCCCAGCGCGAUUAGCCCGGCGAGCGAGAAGGCGUUUCGACGGAGGAGCUCGGGGUUUCCUCUUACGGGACUGAGAGGGGGGGAUUUCGAAGCGAUGGAUGGGAUUGCCCAGACAGGGGGGGCGUAUCCAUAUGAUGGCGAGGGGAGGAGUACGACGCCUAUCGAACCUAUUCCCUUCUCGCUCUACAAACGCAGCGAUGCAGCUGCGUCAUCUGAUACCGGAACCAGCCGAUCUGGCGUCCCCUCUAGACCGCCCACGCAGGAUGGGAAUGGGUCCGGCGAGUGGGGUGCGAGUAGCACCACCAACGGCGGUGGUGGGGAGACGUAUGAUAAGCUGUGUAAGGGUGAUAUUGGCUACGGCGGAAACGCAUUUGCCACCCCUCUCCUACAGGGACGACAGGUUGCGGAGGGUUUGUUGGCUUUGAAGUUGAGGGGGUUGGGUGUUGGGAGGGGAGAUGGGGGGGUGGAUGAGGGGAGAUGAUAGUGAUGGAGUGGCGCUGGACGUACUUAUCUACCUACCUAUCCGCACAAGGGAGGGAAUAGCUGUUGGAGUAUUUGGAGUUGGAGUGGAUUGAAUUGAAUUUGGGGGAUGGGAGGGAUUGAAUUGCAAGAUUAGAUACCAUUUACUUAGUUUGAUAUAUAAACAGAUAGCCAGACCCCUCUCACUCACGGGGAGGGGGGUGAAUAGAAAUUGUUUGAAGGAAA